CGAAAUAAGAGGCGUUUCUUAGCUGCUUGUUCCCUUGCAAACCAAAACAUCAGACUUCGAGUCGCACGACCUGCUGUGUAUUUAAUUCGAAUUUAACGCGCUCGGGAAUAAAUUGGCACAAGAUGUCGAAGGCGGAACCAGAUCAGGAACUCAAAAAGGCCUUCAUGGAGCUUCAAGGGAAAAUGCAGGAGACAAACCAAAAGUUAAGAAUUGCAGAUGUACAGGUGGAAAGCCUCAAGAAACAAAUUGUUCAUGCGCAGCUGACAGACAAAGAAAUACAGAGCUUAGGAGAAAGCACACGUGUAUAUGAGGGUGUUGGACGGAUGUUUUUGCUUACUGAUAUUCCAAUGGUGCGCAACAAUCUGAAAGCCAAAGUUGCCAAAUGCAAUGAGAAGAUUGCUAACUUACAGUCAAACAAAGAGUACCUGGAACGCAGCAUGACAGAAAGCCAGAAUAACCUAAGAGAAAUGAUCAAGCUUAAACAGGCAAUGAGUGCAGCAUAAUGAACAUGUUCUUGUUGCUAACUGCAUUUGUCCUGUUUAAAAUACGUGAUAUUGCGGUUCUCCUUAAACGAAGUCCUGUGUGUGAAGCUAAUUUGUAACCAGGUCCUCAUUCAUUUUGAUGUCAUUAAGUUCUGUAAAACUGGACUUCAAUUUCUAUUAACUUUACCUGCAUGUAGCUGUUUUCUCCCACCUCCUGGUCGUAAUGACCACAAAGCUAAAUUGGAUGGGAAGGGCUAAGUUAUUAUUUGUAUUUUUUCUAAUCAAAUAUUUUGAUUUUAUGAAAAUGUAUAUUGUCUUGUUUGUUAAUUUAUAAGUAUUUGACAGAUUUUUUUCAUUUCCUUGUUCCUUGACCACUGUAAUUGAAAUAUGCAUUGCAAGUCUUUACCACUGUUUAUAAAUUCUCAUUCACCUCAUUUCUAAAUAAAGUUAUGCUUAAUUA